AUGACACAACGCCUAAAGCUCACAAGCGACAACAUCUCCACCAUUGCGUCACAGCAAGGAGACCAGAAGGUGCAGGUCCCCUCCUACGACCGCAAGUCCCUCAAGGAGGGCAUCGUCCACGUCGGUGUCGGCGGUUUCCACAGAGCCCAUUUGGCCGUCUACGUCGACCAAUUGCUCGAGAAGCAUGGCGAGCGCGAUUGGGCCAUCUGCGGUAUCGGCCUGCGACCCAACGAUGCCGCCAUGCGCGAUGUCCUGAACGCCCAGGACCACCUCUACACAGUUAUCGAGCGCUCCGCACAGGGCAGCUUCGCCAACGUCGUCGGCAGCAUCAACUCCUUCAUCUUUGCCCCCGAUGACCGCGAGUCCGUUAUCGCCAAGAUGGCUCACCCCGAUACCCACAUCGUCUCUCUCACUAUUACUGAGAGUGGCUACUACUACAACGAAAACACCCAUCAAUUGGUAGCCGAGCACCCCGAUAUCCAGCACGAUAUCAAGGAGGAGAACGAGAACGCCCCUAUCAGCACAUUCGGCUUCCUCUACGCUGCCCUGGCCAGGCGUCACGCCAACGGCCUCAAGCCCUUCACUGUUCUGUCCUGCGACAACAUGCAGAAGAACGGUACCAUCACCCGCAACAUGCUGGUGUCCUUCGCCAAGCUCCGCAACCCUGAGCUUGCCAAGUGGAUCUCCGAGGAGGGCGCUUUCCCCAACGCCAUGGUUGAUCGCAUCACCCCCAGCACCUCCCAGAACGACAUCACGUCGCUCGCCGAGAACUUCGGCAUCGAGGACGCUUGGCCCGUUGUGACCGAGCCCUUCAUGCAGUGGGUUGUUGAGGACAAGUUCGCAGACGGCCGCCCUCCCUUCGAGAAGGUCGGUGUCCAGGUCGUCCACGACGUUCACGACGUCGAGCAGUUCGAGAAGCAUAAGCUUCGUCUUCUCAACGCCAGUCACUCCGCCAUGGCUUACCCAGGACAGCUUGCUGGCUUCAAGUACGUCCACGAGGUUAUGGAGCACCCCAUCUACCGCAAGUUUGUCUGGCAGAUGAUGCAGCAGGAAGUCAAGCCCCUUCUGCCCGAUAUUCCUGGUGUCGAUAUCGACAAGUACUGUAACACCCUGAUGGAGCGUUUCUCCAACCCCACCAUCAUGGACCAGAUUCCCCGUGUCGCCCUCAACGCCUCCGGCAAGAUCCCUCAGUUCAUCAUGCCUUCCAUCGCCGAGAACAUCUGGUGUACCGGCCCCUUCCGACGUCUGUGUUUCGUUGCUGCUGGUUGGUUCAUCUACAUCAACGGAGUCGACGACAAGGGCAACAAGUUCGAUGUUGACGACCCCAUGCGCGAGAAGCUGCAGGCUCUGGCUAAGGAGGGUGGCAAGGACCCCCGUUCCAUCCUCAGUGUUAAGGAACUCUUCGGUGACGAUUUGCGAAGUGACGAGCGCUUCUUGAAAGAAGUGACCAAGGCCAUGGAGCUCAUCACCAAGGAUGGUGUCAUGGAGACCAUCCCCAAGUACGUCGAAUAA